AUGAAAAACCUUAUAAAUCAGAUUCUAGACGUUGCAACUUCAUGCUUAGCUUUCAUAGCACUAAUCUUUAUUCUUCCACCUUUCUUAUGUUUGAAGUUCUUUCUCUCAAGUCUAAAUUUCAUCUUCAGCGAAAAUGUGUCCGGAAAAGUUGUGCUCAUUACCGGAGCAUCCUCCGGCAUUGGCGAGUUUGCACUACCACUUUGUCAUUCUCUCACAGAUGAUAAUAUGAUAUUGACUUGUUUUGAUCCUCAAAUAAAGCAUCUUGCAUAUGAGUAUGCAAGGAGAGGAGCCAAAUUAGCCCUUGUAGCCAGACGGCGGCAACGUCUCCAAGAUGUUGCUGAAACCAGCCGUUAUCUUGGUGCACCUGAUGUUCUUGUCAUCUCGGCAGAUGUUACUAAAGUUGGAGAAUCUAAGCAUUUCAUCAAUGAAACAGUGAAUCAUUUUGGUGGAUCUUCUGUAUACUGGUUUAACCCUUGCAUUAAGCCGAUACAGCUUAUUUUAAUGAUUCACCACUCCUGGAGAUCUUUUCAGGAAACGAACUUCUGGGGCUCAGUGUAUAGUACCCACUUUGCAAUUCCACAUCUAAAAGCAAGCAGAGGCAAGAUAAUAGUUACUGCCUCGUCUGGAGCCUGGUUGCCUGUUCCACGAAUGGCUUUCUACUCUGCAAGUAAAGCAGCAGUUUUAAGCUUCUUCGAGACAUUGAGAGUUGAGCUUGGAGGAGACAUAGGGAUCACAAUUGUAACUCCUGGGCUGACUGAAUCAGAAUUGACCAAAGGAAAGAUCCUCUCAAAGGAUGGCAAAAUGGUACAAAUUAGUGCAGUCCCAGUAACAUCAGCGGAUAGAUGUGCAAAGGCCAUUAUAGAUAGUGCUCGCCGUGGUGACAAAUAUUUGACAGUGCCAUCAUGGAUGAGGGUAACAAUCCUAUGGAAGGUAUUUCUACCUGAAGUACUAGAGUGGUGCAACCGAAUGCUCUUAGUGGCUGGACCUGAAAGACCGCCAACAGAAGCGCCUAGCAAGAAAUUCCUGGAUCUUACUGGAUUACAAAAG